GGGCAGACGCAUAAUGGCGUCAGCUGAUAAGGAUAUACAUUCUAGCAGACAUAUGCGUAUAGCGUAGCAGACUACAUCAAUGCGCGGAAAUUGUGCGCAGAAAUGUCGAAUUUUCUUGACCCACGUAAAAGGGGGCGCGUAUAUUUUGGAUGAUGCCAUUUUUAAUUAUAAUGAAAAAAAGUUUAGUUAGCGAGUGAAAUGACGUCUGAAAAGCAUCUUGUAUUGAAAAUGAUUAUUUUCAAGUGAUACGAUAAAAAUGAAAAAGAAGAAAGGGUUUCAAGGAGCACAAAAUUUAUAUAACUGUUUCUUUUGAUAGGUUAUAUUCAAGCCAGUGAAUUGUUUUGACCAAUUAUAAUUACAGUUGAAAGUCAUAAAUACAAGGAAAAUAAGCUCUGUUAAUAAUUUUUGUUUAAUCCCUUGAUUGUUUCAUAUUAUAAUUUAUUUGUUAACUGUAAGUUACCAAGAUGUACAGAGCAAAUCAGAAUGGACAUCCCCACAGAAGCAACACUGCAACUGGUCAAGGAGCAAUGUAUAGAAAUCGUGCCAACAGUAGAUAUUAUCAGCGUCAUCGACAAGAUCAGGAGUCAAACUCUGUCCAAGCAACCGUUAUGGAACAGUUCAAAGAAUCUUGGCUGACAGCGAUCAUUGGCCUAAUAUUAUUUGCCACAGGAAUGUGUCUCUUUGUAUGGAAUGAGGGCAGAGCUGUCAAAAUGGCAUACUCACUGGAUGAGGCUUUGAACAAUGUUGCUGUUAUUCAGAAUUCUUUGAAACCAGUGCCAGAAUUGGAAGGCCGCUUAGUAUAUUUGUCUGGACCUUUGAAAGUUUCAGAACCUCUGACAGAACCUGAUUAUGGAGUUAUGGUUGCUAGUGUCAAAUUGAGACGACGAGCUCAAAUGUAUCAAUGGAUAGAGAUAGAAGAAGAAAGAAGCUAUCCUGGUUCACUAGAGCAAGAUAAACACUACUACUACACAACCGAAUGGAAGGAUAAACUUAUUGAUUCCAAUGAUUUCUAUAUCAAGUUUGGUCAUGAAAAUCCCACAGAAAUGCCUGUUAAAAGUCAAACUCAAAUAUCCGAGGAUGUUAGAAUAGGAAAUUUUGCACUUGGAAUGGAGCUGAAGAAAAAAUUCAAUGAUUUUGUUGAAGUUACAAGUGAUGAGAGACCCGAAAGAAGAGAUAUCAAAAUGCAUUCUGGUCUCUACUAUCAUAGCUCUGAUCUUUGGGAACCUAAAGUAGGAGACAUUCGUGUACAACUUUCAUACGCUGGCAAAGGUGGAGACGUUUACUCAGUUGUUGGAAAACUAGUCAACGGGGUUGUAGAACCAUACAUCACUACACAUGGACAAGAGAUUCUAUUACAGAGAAAACAUGCAGUUUCGGUUGAUCAAAUGUUUCAUCUUGAACAUGUUGAUAACUACUGGAGAACAUGGACUAUCAGGGGACUAGGUUGGUUAGUGAUGUUCUUGGCAGCAACCUGUUUGGCUAACAUUUUGAAAACGAUUAUUUUGAACUCAAACGUUUUGUGCGGAAUAAUUGCAAUAGAAUCUCUUACGAUGUCAGUAUCGAUGUCCAUAAGUUUGCUGGUAAUUGGUUUUGCUUGGGUAUGGUACAGACCAGUCAUAGGUUUGGGUUUGGCAUUGGCAUCAAUUUUGCCAUUCAUGUAUUCGACUUAUGGAUCUAGUUCAUCAGCUAUUCCACCACAACAGCAAAGAGAAAAUUACCGACGAUUAUAAGACUUUUAAAUACAUUUUUAUAUGUGUUAGCACUUCUAAAAGAAGUUUAAUAAGACAUUUGUAAUAAUGUAAACUAUGUAUAUUUUUAUUUAUUCAUUUGUUAAUCAUUUUAAAACAUGAUACUUAAUUAUUUGUACAUUUAUUUAUUUUUAUUCAUGUUGUGUGUAUAUUUAUUAAGCUAUGAAAAAUUUUAAUGAGAUUCAAGGGUCUUUAUUAACGUGAACAGAUAACUUUUAUCAUAUAAAAGUUUUGAAAAUAUGUUGCAAAAUGAUCCUACAGAACUUACUUUUAUACGAAUGAUCUUUAUUCAAAAAAGAUACGUGUAAAUACUUUAAUAAAACAUGCUUUAAUAAGACCAAUGAAUGCAUGGUUUAAAAAGCAAGCGUAAGAGUUUAUAACUUUUUAUAAUCUAAAAAUCCACCUCAUUCUAACGGAAUCUUGAAGAAAAAUAUAAUCCAACAUAUUAAUAAAAGCAUAAAUCAUGAAAUGUAUGGGGUUUAAUAAAAGAAUGCCAACUGUAA